AUCAAAUUAUCAACUAACAAAAAUGAAAGUCAUUGGCUAUUCUCGCAUUCUAAUAAUCUUGGCAGUCCUUGUAGGUGCUCUUGUUGUUCUCUCCAAAGCUCAAGACGGCAACCAAGAUUAUGUAAACGCUCACAACCAGGCACGAUCCCAGGUAGGCGUAGGCCCCAUGCAGUGGGACGAGGAGAUUGCAGCCUACGCUCGGAGAUACGCAGAGCAACUAAAAGGCGACUGCAAACUCGUACACUCCAAUGGGCGUUACGGGGAGAACUUGGCCAAGAGUAGCGGUGACUUCUCUGGCGUCGCUGCCGUGAACUUGUGGGUUAAUGAGAAGGCUAACUACAACUACGAUUCAAACACGUGCAAUGGAGUUUGCGGUCACUACACUCAGGUUGUUUGGAGAAAUUCAGUGAGAGUCGGAUGUGCAAAAGUGAGGUGUAAUAAUGGUGGAACCAUCAUAAGUUGCAACUAUGAUCCUCCAGGGAACUAUCCGAACCAGAAGCCUUACUAAUGUGUAACCAUGCUGCAGCUGCACACACAUAUAAAACACGUACGUACCAUAUAUAUAGAAAUAUUACAAUAAGGAGCUCUGUUACGGCGUAUGCAGAAUUUGUCUCAAUAUUUAUUAAAUAAUACAAAUAUGGAGCUCAUGUCUCUUGGUUCAUGUCAAUAUUAUAUUAUAUUAUUGAUAUAAAAAAGUUCCCAAUA